GUGAGGGAGGCAGGGUGGGUGGCGGUUGAUGAGGAUGGCGGCGUUGAGUGGAUCGCUGUCGGAGCUCUCGGAAAACUUUAACAGUUCCCUGUGCCGGAAAUGCUCUGGCCUGGAGCGUGCGACUGGCGCCGCUAAGUGGGUCCGACUGAAUGUGGGUGGCACUCGGUUCCUCAGCACCCGCCAGACCCUGUGCCGUGACCCUAAGUCAUUCUUGUACCGCCUGUGCCAAGCCGACCCCGACCUGGAUUCCGACAAGGAUGAGACUGGUGCCUAUCUAAUAGACCGAGAUCCUACUUAUUUUGGGCCUGUGCUUAAUUACCUGCGACAUGGGAAGCUGGUUAUUAAUAAAGAUUUAGCAGAGGAAGGUGUGCUGGAGGAAGCCGAGUUUUACAAUAUCACAUCACUAAUAAAGUUAGUGAAAGACAGGAUAAGAGAGAGAGACACCAAAACAUCACAGAUUCCAAUGAAACAUGUCUAUAGAGUAUUGCAGUGCCAGGAAGAGGAGCUCACCCAGAUGGUGUCUACAAUGUCUGAUGGCUGGAAGUUUGAACAGCUGGUCAGUAUAGGUUCCCCGUAUGGCUAUGGGCGGGAUCAUCAGUCAGAGUUUCUGCUGAUUGUGUCGCGGGAAGUGAAGGGGGAGGAGACCAGUUUCCACAACAGCAGCAGCGAGCUGGUCAGUAUUGGCUCUUCCUAUAACUAUGGAAAUGAAGACCAGGCUGAAUUUCUCUGUGUUGUCUCCAGGGAGUUGCAUAAUGCUCCAUAUGGCACAAAUACUGAACCCAGCGAAAAAGCUAAGAUUCUGCAAGAGCGAGGAUCACGGAUGUGAAGUCAGUACUGUACUAUCCUAUGAAGCGAUUUUAAGUUAUUUUAUUUUCUGGGAAAAUGCAAGAUGGAGCCAUGGUGUUGUUCGAAACAUGGCCUCUGAUAUGAACAUUUCUUGCAAAACCUUUAAACUUGGAUCUCCCUCUUUCUCUGCCUCCACUGUACUGUGACUGAGUUUUCUUACUGACGGUAAACAUUUCAAGAGUUUAGAAACGUUAAUGCAUUAUAAAGACAGCUGUAUAUCAAAGCAUGUCUGUACUAGUUAGGAGCAGCAGUAACACCUCAGUAAUGGGAUACGUCUGGCCAGAAGCCUACUCUGGUGCCACGUCCUACUCCAUGGAUUAGACCAAUGAAUACUAUUUGCAAAAGAGCCUAUAUCCUGAACUGAGUGUAUAGCUAAGGUAACAGUUUAGUAAAGGCUGUGCCAUGUUCAAGAGACACUUCCAUUCAGUCAUUCUCUGAUUGAACUAAUUUCUUUAGAAAUGGUUAGAUAGGAAGCAGGUUUAAUGGCUGGGUCUUUGUCACUCACUGUACUUGCAAAUCAGCUGCUUCAUUUUGCUGGUGGUUCUGUGGAUGUUCAAGAUGGGUCCAAGCAGCUCCAGCUGGAAUUUGGUGUUUUAUUAAGGAAGUUAGUCAUUGCUGUCUAUUGAAAGUGGUUUAUAUUAAAGAUCAUUGGUGAAAUACAUGACUAAAAGAGACUGUCAAAAUCCUGAUGGGAUAUUUUUAAACUCGUAGCAUGGUGUAUUGCUUUUUAUUUUAAUAAUUGCUGUUUUAAACACCGAAGAAGUGGUUUGUAUGCUUUUGGAUUCCCUUAUAUAUUUUUUUUGGGUUCCUGUGUAUUAUUAAAGACCUAUAGGUUGAGCUGUUAAAUCUUUCUAGUAUAUUUUAAACCUUCAUAUAAAAAAGCCGAGCUGAAGCCAACACUUGGACUUGUUGAAAUUUCAGCUGCUUUUAGAACAAUAUUUCAACAGUGUUUGUGCCCAGUUCUCAUUGUCAUAAACUACUGAGGCCUCUCUCAUUUUUAGUAUAUUUUAAUUUAACUUUCUUCAAGAACAAUGUCCAUGUUCUUUGGCCGUUUAAACAAAAAUCACCUCAAAAAAUCAAUUAAGCAGAAAGACUAUUAAAUCAAGCUGUUUGUGCUCAAUAGGGAACUCCUUUUCCCAAAUCUGUAGCAGAGGUAAGGGAUUAUACUCCUCUCCCGCUCUCUCAAUGAAGGUCUAAUUUUCUCUUUCAUUUUCUUUGUUAAUCAGACGAAGAAACUAUCUAUGUGGGCAGUUAAUGCCCACGCCGUCUGGUAGAGCCUUGAUCCCAAAUGUGCACUCAUUUAGGGUGACACUGUGAACCUUACAAUUAACCUCCAUAUUCCAGAACAAAGGAUGGGGAAUCUGUCAAUUCCUGGUUCUGCGCACACAGAAUGAGCACUGGAUCUAGUUCAGCUGUAGCCCCUUUCCAUAGUGAAAUAGCCUCCUUAACAAUCCAUCUGUGAACUUACAAAAGAAAAUUCACCACCUGGGUGAGAGUGACUGGCAUCUAUGGAGCAAUACGCCCACGAGAAGCCUACACCAGCAAAAGGGGAGAAGCAAAAUAAUAGCCAAGCUCCCCUGCUUUGCACAUACUGGGCUGAGCCAACAGCAUUACACCUUCACAUACCAUUUCCGUUGCGUUUACACAGUCCCACACACCAUUUCCACUGAUGUUUACAUAGCCCCACGUGCUGUUUCCAUUUAGUUAACACAGUCCCUUGUACUAUUUCCCCUUGUGUUUAUGCAAUCCCACGCACUGUUUUCCCUUGUGUUAAGGCAGUCCUGUGUACUGUCUCCCCUUGUGCUUACGCAGUCCUACACAUCAUUUCUACUCAUGUUCAUGCAGUCCCCGUACUUUUUUUCCAUAUGUUUGCGCAAUCCAGCGCAGUUUUCCCUGGUGUUUGCGCCUUUGUGUGCACUGUCUCCCCUUGUGUUUAUGCAGUCCCACGCACCAUUUCCCCUGUGUUUAUGCAGUCCCGUGCACUUUUCCCCUUGCGGUUAAGCAGUCUCUCCUUGCGGUCUCCCUUUUGUGUUUACGCAAUUCCUCUCUGCUGGUCUCCCUUUUGUGUUUAUGCAGCUCCUUUCUGCUGGUCUCCCUUUGUUUUUAUUCAAUUGCAUGCAGAGUUUCCCCUUAAAUUUACACAGCUUUUUGUUAGAAUAGUGAAAAUUGGUUGGUGGGGGGUGGUGCAGUGGGUUGUAAACGUAUUGAAAAUUAUGUGGGAUGGGACAGAAUUGAUGAAAACUGAUUUCAGUCAGUAAUAAGGAGCCAUGGAUACAGGAUUACAUGUAAGAAAUUUAGAACAGAAGGCAAGAAAAACUUCAGAGUUGAGGCUGUGGAAUUCACUUCCACGAUUAUUGGCUGAGGCAGAAACUGUCAAUAUUUCAAAAUAACUGGAGUGGAUAGAUAUAGGAAAAGGGGAGGAGGGAUAUAAGAAAUAUGGUGGGUAAAUGAGAUUAGAACCCUUUGCUCAUGUGGAGGGUAAACACCGAUGUAUUGUUGGACUGAAUGGCCUGUUUCUUCUGUGUUGUAAUUUUAAUGUCUUUCUGUAACUGUAGUUAGUGUAUAAAUGGUUAAAUUCAUUGUUUUUGGUGAGAGAGAUGAAGGAAAAUCAUUUUGAAUCUACAGCUUAUAGACUCUCUUUGUGGCUCUGUCUACAGCUGACCCAUACAGACCAGCUGGUCCCAGGUUUGUCACCUGAAGUUUGUUGACCUUGAGAGUCUGAUCCAGGAAGGCAGUAGGGACUAUAAUUUGUCCCAGCAUCUGGACUAGGAAGGGGAAAUAUUAGCCAGAGUUCCUGCUUCUGAUCACCGGGUCAACGGUGCCUCUUCGUAAAACAGCCUGCCAACACUUAACUUGUCGACAAAGGCUAGCCACUGGGAUGAAGUAUUAGAGACUGACUGACACCUUUGCAAACUGUGCACCAGCACACAGCUAAAACCAACAGCUCAUUAGGAGAAGAGAAAAAUGCUGCCUUGGUGGUUCCAUUUCAAGCCAAGGCUGUGGACAGCAUAAUUUCUGAUCUCUGUAAAUAGUCCAGGAAUGGAGGCAAUGAGAGAGAAUCUAUUAAGGGCUGUGCCUAUGUUCAAGGGAAGUGUGUUCCUUAUGACAAUUGCAAAAAUAUAGUUGGUUGAUUUUGGAAAUUUAAUCCACAUAAACUGUUAUCAAAAGAUGCUGGUUUUGAUCCCUGAGAGAAGAUGGAGGGCUUUGGGGAGUGGCAUCAGCUGAACUGUAUAAUCCUGUUCAUUCUUCCAAAACUUAUUCUUCAAUUUUUGUUGUUAGAAAUCUGCAGAAGCUGAAAGUUAUUUUGUAAACUGUUGGGUUUGGUUGAACACAAUAAAAGCCGAUCCCUCACUGA